UUGUUCUCAUCCAACCCGGAUAAGGCCAUAAUGGCGGGAGUGUAAACCAGCCUUUAAACCUCGUUCUCUCUCUCUCUCUCCUCAGUCCUCCCUAAUGGCGACGGCCUACGUAACUCCGCUAUCCCAUAUCUUCUCCACCUUAAACACUUCAAAAAUUUCGUCAUUUCACUCCAUUUCUAUCAAUCCAACCAAAAGCUCCGGUGAAUUUCUUCAUUACCAGAAGCUUGCUUUACAUAGAAGGGAAUUCCUCAAAGGAAUCAUUUUAGUUCCGAUUCUGUGGAAAGAACCUCCAAUUUCAGAAGCCCGAGAGGUCGAAGUCGGUUCCUAUCUCCCACCUUCGCCUUCUGAUCCUUCCUUCGUCCUCUUCAAGGCCACUUCCAAAGAUACUCCUGCUCUUCGUGCAGGAAAUGUGCAGCCUUAUGAAUUCCUCCUCCCACCCACUUGGAAACAGAUGCGUGUGGCCAACAUACUAUCUGGAAAUUACUGCCAACCCAAGUGUGCAGAACCUUGGGUGGAGGUGAAAUUUGAAGAUGAGAGGCAGGGGAAAAUCCAGGUUGUGGCUUCUCCAUUGAUACGCUUGACUAACAAACCCAGUGCUACCAUUGAAGAAAUUGGGAGCCCCGAAAAGUUGAUUGCAUCACUUGGUCCCUUUGUCACUGGAAGCACAUAUGAUCCUGAUGAACUUAUUGAAACUUCUGUUCAAAAGCGCGGCAAACAGACGUACUACACAUAUGUGCUGGAGACUCCAUUUGCCUUGACAGGUUCACACAAUCUUGCAAAGGCUACUGCCAAGGGAAACACAGUCAUCUUAUUUGUUGCAAGUGCCAAUGAUAAACAGUGGCAGACAUCUCAGAAAACUCUUAAAGCUAUGCUUGAUUCCUUCCAAGUGUAGUUUUUCUGUCGGAAAAAAAAAAGUAGUUAUAUUCAUUUAUUUUAUUCUUUUAA